AUGGGGAUUCAACUGAUUGACAAGGCAGAUCUGUGGAAGAGUGCACUUUUGUUGAACCUUCGGCUCCGUGAGCGAUUUCGAAUCGCCGUCGAUGAUCACCGUGGUCGAGCGGUGGGUUUUUCCACGGAUGGCUACUUUUCUUCCGCCAUCCACCGCUUGUUAUCUCGAUUCAGGGACUUUCGCCGGGAUUCUCUCCCUUCUCCCCCCGCUUUUUAUCGCCGACGAGUUUCUAAAGAUUUGGCAGCAGAAGAAGAGUCUGCUCUCUUCCGGAUGCUUCAAGCUGUGGCUGUUCCCCUUAUUGGAAAUGCUUGUCAUGUUUUCAUGAAUGGUUUCAACCGUGUUCAGGUGUAUGGUUUGGAGAAAUUGCAUGAUGCUUUGCUCAACAGACCAAAGAACAAGCCUCUUGUAACGGUUAGCAAUCAUGUCGCAUCUGUGGAUGAUCCAUUUGUCAUUGCUUCGUUACUUCCGCCUAAACUUUUACUUGAUGCCCGUAAUUUGAGGUGGACGCUCUGUGCUACAGAUAGAUGCUUUAAAAACCCUGUAACUUCAGCUUUCUUUCGAUCUGUCAAAGUUUUACCAGUUUCUCGCGGUGAAGGGAUUUAUCAGCAGGGUAUGGACAUUGCGAUUUCGAAACUGAACAGUGGAGGGUGGGUUCACAUCUUUCCUGAAGGCAGUCGUUCCCGGGAUGGUGGAAAGACUAUGGGCUCAGCAAAGAGAGGUAUUGGGAGGUUGAUUUUGGACGCAGAUACCCUCCCUAUGGUUGUUCCAUUUGUGCAUACUGGUAUGCAAGAUAUAAUGCCAGUUGGAGCCAGUGUUCCACGGAUUGGCAAGACAGUGACGGUGAUCAUUGGAGAUCCGAUUCCUUUUAAUGACCUUCUCGGGAUUGAAGGAGCCAAACACGUUUCAAGGAAACAAUUGUAUGACGCUGUAUCUUCAAGAAUUGGACAAAGGCUAUAUGAAUUAAAGGUACAAGUCGAUAGAGUAUCUAUGGAACAACAAGCUUUGAUGUCACACAACUCCAAAACACCCUCGGAUCGUGCUACUGAGAUCUUUCACACAGUCGAUUGGGACUCGUUUGGGAUGGGAGCACAAUUCUCUGAAGAAUCAUCAACUAUUACUUAUAAGCAAAAUUCCCAAUCCGAUGAUCACGAUGUCUCCAAUUGUUUGGAUCGUCAAAUCCCCAAAAAGGGAUUCUCAUCCGAAGGAGGAAUCAGCAUGAAGAUUAAGAAAUUCAUGGACUCUACGGAGAUCAUGGGUUUUGCAGCUAGAGGGUUGUUUGUGAACGAUUAUAAUAAUAGGAUCGAAUCUGCAAACUUUGGUAAAAUCCAGCCUUUAAAGGCAUGGAAAGAGUACUUGGAAGUAAAUCUUGUGAACCGUGGUUCGGCUACACUUGCUAUGCGUUAG